AUGAAUUUCUACCAGAAUUGGAUCGUAUUCUUUAUAACUCAUAAGUAUGUUUUAUGGAUUCUGAUAUCACAACAUAUUCUAUACACAUCUUCUGUUACUUCAAAUCAUUUUGACUACAAAGUAUCGAAAAAAAGUGAUUUACCUUUCAUGCAUUAUCAUGGUACACCUGAAACUAAAGAUGACAUGGAAAAGAAGGAGGCUAUGGACACAUAUAAUUUAGCUUUAACAAAUGAUAUGGAUGAUAUGGGUGAUAUGGUCGAUAUGGAUGGUGAAAAUAAUAGUUAUAAUGAUAAUAAUAAUAAUAAUCUACACAGUGUAGAGAUUCCAUUUUAUUGGGUAAUUGAUGUUAAUGGCCGAAAGCAUAAAAAAAAGAAUCCUCACGCUCAUUUACGAAAAUCGAGAGAUGUAAUUUAUAAAAAACCACAUCACAAAUCACCAGCGAAAUCGUGUAAAAAUAAUAAUCAUGAAUUGGAUAACCAUUUAAAAAAGAAAGAAAAAAGAAGUAGAUAUAAAAAAUUGCAUGAUAACAAACACAAUAAUGAAGAAUUAGUAAAACAUAUAAGUCACAAGUCAAUGAAGAAAUUAGACGAUGAAACAAGUAACAUAUUAAUAGAUGAAUCAAUACAUAGAUUAAAUAAAGAUCACCAUGUUUCAACAAGCAAGAAAUCUAAAAAAACAUCAUCUCAUAAAAUAAACAAGAGAUCAAGUAAAAUAUUAACGGAUACAACAAUAGAUAAUAUGUCAACGAAAGAUUCAAAUGAAUCGAAUAAAAAAGUUAGUAAAAUAACCGGAUCUAGCUUAGAAGAUUCAAGUAGUUCAGACAAAGUCAUAAAAAAUGCAGCAGAAAUACAUUCAACUAAAAAUUCAAAUAAAAAAGCAGAAAAGAUAUCAAAAAGUCAACAAAAAUUAUUAGAAACACAUGAUAAGAAGUUCGAUAAACCUCAUAAUAAUUUAAAGAAUAAGAAUCAAAAUCAUAGUUCCAGCAGUAAAAUAUAUAAACCAAGUAAAAAAUUAAAAGAAGCUCACACCAACCAAUCAGACAAAUAUUCAAACAAGCAUCUAAAACAAAAUAAUAAUAAUAAAUUAAAAGCAGAUUCAAAUAGUGAAUUAGAUGAGAACUCAAUCGAUUCAACAGAUAUUGGAGACAGUGAUGACACAGACGAAAAUUUCAAUAAUUUUAAAAAUAAAAAUCUGCAACAAAAAACAAGUAGUCAAUCUGAAAAAAAAUCAAAGAAUAAAUUAAAAAAAGAAUCAAUUGGUGGUGAAUCGGGUGAAAAAUUAAAUGAUGAUAGUGAUGUAACUAACAAACAUAGUAACCUUAAAAAACAAAAAUCAAACAACAGAGUCGGUAAAACGUCAAAUAAUAAAGAAUCAAGUAACGAAUCAAAUGAAGAAUUAAAUAAUUCAAAACACAAUGAAUCUAAUAAACAUGGCAAGAGUUUAAAAAAUAAGCAAAAGAAACGGAAAUCAAGUAAUGAAGUCGGCGAAAACUCAAGUAAUAAAUUAAGAGACGAAUCAAGUGGUAAUGAAUCAAACGAAGAAUUAAAUGAUUCAAUUACCAAUGAAAAUAGUGAUGUAUCCAACCAAAAUAAUAAUAAUUUAAAAAACAACCAUACAAAACAGAAAUCAAAUAACAAAGUAGGCAAAAAUUCAAACAAGAAAUUAAAACAAAAAUCAAGUGGUGAAUCAGACGUGGAAUUAAAUAAUUCAAUGAAAGAUAAACAUAGCGGUGAAUCUAAUAAACACGAUAAGAAUUUAAAAAAUAAACAUCACCAUAAAAAAUCAAAUAGUAAAGUAGGCAAACAAUUAAAAGAAGAAUCGAAUAAUGAAACAGACGAGGAACCAAAUGAUUCGAUAAACAACGAGAAUAGCAAUGUAUCUAACAAACAUAAUAACCAUAAAAAACAGAAAUCAAAUAAAAAAGUUGGUAAAAAUUCAAAUAAUAAAUUAAAACAAGAAUCGAGUGAUGAAUCAGAUGAGGAUUUAAAUGGUUCAAUAAACGAAGAACAUAGAGAUGGAUCCAGCAAACAUGGUAACAAUUUAAAAAAUAAUCAUAAAACACAGAAAUCAAAUAAAAAAGUUGGGAAAAAUUUAAAUAAUAAAUUAAAACAAGAAUCGACCGAUGAUUCAGAUGAUGAAUUAAAUAAUUCAAUGCACGAUAAACAUAGCGACGAAUCUAAUAAACGGGAUAAUAAUUUAAAAAAUAAACAUCAGCAUCAACAUUCAAAUAGUAAAGUAAGUAAAAAGUCAAGCGAUAAAUUAAAAGAAAAACCAAGUGAUGAAUCAGAUGAGGAUUUAAAUGAUUCAAUAAACGAAGAACAUAGCGAUGGAUCCAGCAAACAUGGUAACAAUUUAAAAAAUAAUCAUAAAACACAGAAAUCAAAUAAAAAAGUCGGCAAAAAUUCAAAUAAUAAAUUAAAACAAGAAUCAAGCUGUGAAUCAGAUGAAGCUUUAAAUAAUUCAACGCACGAUGAACAAAGCGACGAAUCUAAUAAACAGGGCAAUAAUUUAAAAAAUAAACAUCAGCAUCAACAUUCAAAUAGUAGAGAAGGUAAAAAAUCAAGUCAUAAAUUAAAAGACGGAUCAAGUGGUAAAUCAGACAAGAAUUCAACAAAUUCAACAAACAGGGAAUCAGGCAGUGAAUUGAGCAAUUUGCAGAAGAAACCACGAGAUAAGAAACCUAGAAGAAAAGUGAAAACUAAAAAGGACAAGAAAGGUAAGACAUCUAAAAACAAUACAGGUAGUAAAUCAGAUGAGAAUGCAUACGACGCAACAAACAAGAAAUCAACCGAUGAGUCUGAUAUGGACCAUGAUGAUGGCUUCUUAGAUCAAAAAUUAAGACAAAAAUCAAAGACUAAAACAAAGAAGAGAAAUAAUAAACCAAAACGAAAUUCGAGAAAUAAAUCAAAUAAGGACUUACAAGAAGAUAGUCAAUCAGAUGAUUUAAUAAAAAUUACUCAACAAAAUUAUUACUCUCCUCUUCAUCUAAAAUCCAAGAAUAUAUUGCCUGAUGAAUGA